CAGUCAUAUCUUAAAUUACAGUUUGAUGUAAAGAUUCAAAAACAUUUAACCUACUGAUGCCUCAAUUAAUGUAAUUUUAUUGGUGUCUUGGCUUAUACUGGAGUCAAUGUUUUCCCAGUUUUUUUGUGGUAAAAUUAGGUGCCUAGGCUUAUAUUCGGGUCGGCUUAUACUUGAGUAUAUACAGUAAUUAUUUUAUUUUUUUGGGAGCAAUAUAUAUGAUUUACAGUGAAGCAGGCUUUUCGUCUCCACAGAAUUUGAGGGCCCUUCCACAUAGCCAUAAUAUCAAGGCAGAAAAUCCCACAAUAUCUGCUUUGAACUGGGAUAUCUGAGUCCACACUGCCAUAUAUCCCAGAUGAAAGCAGAUAAUGUGGGGUUUUAUUCAGCUGUGUGGAAGGGGCCUAGGUUACCUGGCUCCAUACUGCCAUAAAUCCCAGUUCAAAGCAGAUAAUGUGGGAUUUUAUUCAGCUGUGUGGAUGGGUCCCAAUUCUCAAGAUGGAGGAAGAAGUGAAACCUGAGGGAACUCUGCUAAUGAAGCUGAAUCUCCCAAUCCCAAUUGUUCAAGGAACUGUGAUGAUGUAACAAUUAAAAAACGACAAUACAAUUUUAUAUAAGGUAACAGAAUGAAUGACCUUAUCAUAAAUGACCUGGACCAGCUGCUCCUACAGUUUGUUUUUCAGCUUGAGCAAGCAUCUUAUGCCAAGGAACAUGAGAAACAACAAAUACAAAUGUAUUCAGCAAGUAUUCUAGGGAAGAAAGGAGAAAUCUGUCAGCUACAAGGAGACAUUCACAAAAAUGAUGAGCUGAUUAUUAAUCUGCGCAAACAACAUGGAAGCAAUAAGGAGAGCUGUGAAACCUGGAAACCAGCAUAUAUGAUUCUGAAAACACAUGAAGAAUACUUGCAGAAGGAACUUCAGAAUAAUCAAGAAAUAACAGAAAAAGACAAAAAAAUGUACCAAGAUUAUAUGCAUCAGUAUCAAGAGACUUUCCAGCACCACCAAGAAAAAUAUGCACAAACUGCAAUUGCUCAGGAAUAUUAUCAAGAAAAAAAGGAAUGUGAAGAAAUCCAAAGCCGAGUUCUCAAACAGUCUGAAUUAUUUAAACAGAAAGAAACUCAGCUAAAGGAUCUUAAAGAUCCUGGUCAGUUUCAGUCACUUUCAUCCUGGGCUUUACAGAUCGCUUCUUUGAGGCAGAACACAAAAGAAACUCUUAAACAUGCAAUGGAUCUCAGGAGGCAAUCACAUCAACUAGACAAAACAACAGAAGAGUUAGAGAAGAAAAUGAAUUAUACUAAACAGCAACUGUUAAAGAUUACAGAGAUUCAAAAGAAUCUUGAAAACCAAAAGCAUCCUGAAGUGACUGCAGAAAAAAAUCUAGAAGCAAGGAGGGACCCUAACGAAAGCUUAUUCAUAAAAACUCAUAACCUGUUAAAUGUGAAACAGCAGACAAACACAUCAUUGAAUCUCCCUGUAAUUUCUCUGAAAUUAAUCCAAAAUGUACCAACUCUCAAGUCACCGUUUCCACAGAGAGAAAAAGAGACAGGUGUGAAAGAAAACAGAAAUCUUGCAGGCAAUUCAAAAGUGACCAGUAUGUAUUUUAACCACGAAGAAAAUGAAAAACAGAAAUGUAAUGACAUAGCAGAAAUCAACAUUGCAAAAAAUAUCCAAGCUUCAUCUAUAACAAGCCUUCAAAAUAAAUCACCAUUCAGGUUGCUAGCUUAUCAGAAGAAACUGAGCAGCAAGCAAUGUUCUGAAAAUGAGACUACAGAAAUAGAAAAGAAGUCUGACUGGACAGGAAGAGAAGAAGGAAAUGCGUCAAAAGAUUCUACAUAUGUUUUCGAAGAUAGGCAGGAAAAUGAUAGCAUUAUUUCUACUGGACAUCCAUCUACAGAAAGAGAAGAAAGUGUUGAAAACUUUCCAAAGACUCCUGAGCCAAACAGACGUUCAAGUACUGUUAAUACUCCUGGGGUAGAAAUUCCAUUUGACUUACUUCAUUUAGAAAGUGAAGGAUCAACAUCUAAGUCACCUGCUUUUUCUUUUCUCACUGGUUUUAAUUCAAAGUCACUUGCAUUUAAUUUCUUUGAAACUUCUGCAUUUGGAACUGAAAAUUCACCAGAUCAUCAGCCAGAUGAAAGCUGUUCUGCUAGAAAUAUUAAUCCUACUUCACCAGAAAAAAAUAUUGGAGAUUUGUUUGGGAAAAUGGACACUGAAGAUUCAUUUGCAUUUCCCUUUCAACCCUGCUCUUCUGCUCAAGCUUUUCAAGAUGGAAAAGAUGACUUCAGUUUCCCUUUUGUGUUUGAAUCAUCUGAGCCCACAUCUCUAAAAGGCUUUCAAUCUUCAUCACAAAGCAAAAAGCCAUUUUCAUUUUUUUGAAUAGAUGCCUUUACUGGAUUUAGAGUUCUAGUGCAGCUUAGCUUUAUAAAAUGUGUUUGGCUUUCUACAUAAAUUAAAAGGAACAACAAAAGGAAAAAAAGUGGAUUAAAUUUCCAAGUGGUGAAAAUUUACAUUUAGUUUCAUAAAUUUUAUAAAGAUUAAUGUUAGAGUAUAAAUGUCUUGGUUUCUGUUUAUUAAAAUAUUUCCUAACUUCUUUUUUGGUGUGUGUGGGAGACAUGUAUAGAGUAAAAGUUCAAGUUUAAUUUGAAAAUGCUCUCUUCAAAAGGUUUGGUGCAAUUUGUUAAGAAUCCAAUUGUCAGUGUCUACAACCAACCAUCUUAAAAUGUUAUCAGGUUUGGUAAACCUGUUGUAAUUUAUUUUGGCAACAGAAUAUCAUAUUUUAUAGUUGUUUUUGAUGUUUGAGAGUAGUUUCCUAUAAAGAAAUGUUAAAUAAAGAUUAAGUUUAUUAAACUAUG